GAGGAGAGACAAAGAUAGAAAUUAGCGGUGGGAGGAGGUGGCAAGGGAUGCCUUCCUUUACGUGAAAUCUCCGUAUUCUCGGUUCUAUGUGUACGCCGUGUAUGUAAUUCUCACAUGACUAAAAAGGGGAGAGCGUGGUGGGGAGAUAUGUAACAUCGGGAUCCCGAGUCAAACUCGAAGUUUAGUUUUGCUUACGACAACCUUUAAGUUCCGCGCCGCCUCUUGUCCUCUGACCUGACCACGACUCGAGUCGAAGAAAUGAUAGUGAGCCGUCAUCUUCGAAAAAAUUCUGUGCCAUUUCGCAGCACCACGAUCGGUGUCCCACCAUUUCUCGAGAUUUGAACAACGGAUAUUUGGAUAUCGUGAAUUCAAUAUGAAGAACAACAAUUCCACUUCAGAUACCUUGGAUCUGAGCUCGCACAAUCAUUACCCUCUGAACGACAAUUCUAUCGCUAGCACGUCCGGCCCGCAGGAAGUCGUAAUGAAGGAAAAAAGCAAGAAGGCAGCGCGUAUCCGCCGCGACAGGGAGAACCAAGAAUUUUUGGAGCUGGCAAAGUUGUUGCCUGUACCGGCAGCCCUCACGGGACAAAUGGAUAAAGCCAGCGUUAUUCGAUUGACCACCAGUUACUUGAAGAUGCGAGCAUUGUUUCCAAACGGGCUCGGUGAAGAAUGGGGCGCUUCCCAGCCAGGCAACAUCUCCCUGCAAAUCGCCCUCAAGGAGGUGACUAGUUAUAUUUUGCAAGCUUUGGACGGUUUCGUGUUUGUCCUGGCGCCCGAUGGCAAAAUUAUGUACAUAAGCGAGACUGCCAGCGUGCAUUUGGGAAUGGCACAGGUGGAAUUAACGGGGAACAGUAUCUUCGAGUACAUCUACCAGAACGAUCAUGCUGAAAUGUUGUCGGUUCUAAACCUACCACAGAGUCCAGCAGAUCUGGCAAGCUUCACUUCUGCGAACUCGAGAGGCGAAAUCGAGUUGGAACGUGUUUUUAUUCUGAGGAUGAAGUGCAAUUUGGCGAAGAGAUGCGCGGGACUAGUCACGGAAGGAUACAAGGUGAUACACUGUUCCGGCUACUUAAGAUGUGUCGUGGAAGGGCCAGUGGGGUCGGAAUACGAAGACGGUGCAGGCCGACACUGCAUUCGAAAAGUCGGUUUACUGGCAGUUGGCCAUUCCCUACCGGGACGUUGCCUAACCGAAGUCAAACUGUACCAGAACAUGUUCAUGUUUCGUGCAUCGUUGGACUUGAAGUUGAUCUUCGUCGACGCGAACGUGUCACAAUUGACCGGAUACGAUCCACCGGAUCUCAUCGAGAAGACGCUGUACCAUUACGUGCACGGAUGCGACAUGAUGCAGCUGAGACACGCGCAUGGGACGCUAUUGUACAAGGGGCAAGUAAUAACCAAGUACUACAGGUUUCUGACGAAAUCCGGAGGAUGGGUCUGGAUGCAAUCGUACGUCACGAUCGUGCACAAUUCCCGAAGCUCCCGACCGCACUGUAUCGUGUCGGUCAACUACGUGUUGACGAAACCGGAGAACACAGACUUGCUGUUGAAUUGCGAGCAAAAGUCUUAUUGCUCGAAUCCAAGCAAUCCGCCCAGCACCCCUCUGACCACACCGAUCACCACUGGAACCGUGAACGAGUUGGACAAUCACAGUCCCAGUUCACCGGCGUAUCGAAGUAGAUCGAAAGAAUCGCCCGAUAACGAUUACGCGAACGGUGGCACGUAUCCUAGACCGGAGUAUAUUGACCUGACGAAUCACAAUCAGUAUCUGUCGCCCUCUUAUCAACCUCAGAACGUAAACAGCAACUCUCACGAAGAUAAUCUUAAGUACAACUCCGACUGGUUUUACCAAUACGGAGAUAUACAUCAAGAUUCCCUCGCAGCAACGAUACCGCAGCAACAGGAAGCACCGCAGCAUCCGCACCCUCUGCACCACGCCAACUCCCCGUCGAACCUGCAACAGCACAGUCCCCAAAACGGUCAACAGAAGCACCAACACUCCCCUCAUCUACUGGAUCAUCCAACGCCUCCGACAAGCCUGGCACAAGCUCAACCGCAACCGCAACCGCAGCAACCGCAACAACAGCAACCACCGCCGCAACAGCAACAGCACAGCCCUCAAAGUAGCCAACAGAACAGACCUUACUCCACCUCGUCGAGUUCCUGUUGCAGCACGGAUGCCAUGGAUAAUCAUUUACCGAGUCCACUGAGCGUAUAUUCUUUGCCGCACGGUUACCACCCUUACUACCACCACUACAUGCCCGACUCGGCCCCGUCUAAUUUAAACGAGGUCGGUGGCGUGAUCAUGUACCCUAAUUGUAGCCUUAACAACGAGGGCAACCACAACGCCGCAGCGGGCACCUCGAGCAACUCGAACAACGUCCAGCACUACGAGUCCUCGUAUCAACCCCACUUGAGCCACUACAACACCAACAACAAUCCUACCAAGCAUUCCUACCAUCAUCAUCAAGAAGGGACGCCAACCAGUUACACCAGCGUGAUCGUAGACUCGCAACAGUACAGCCCAAGCUCCGUGCAGGAUCUGAUCCACUAUCAGCAUCAUUACGAAGCGCAUCAUCAGUUCGUUCACUGACACCAGCUAGACGCGGCUUGCGCAUAGCACGUCGACACCAAUUGUAACCACGACUCGCUGUGCUAUUGUGAUACGUCCCCCGAGGGCAGUUAUCCCGGGGCAAAUAACGAUUUUCUGCAAGAAGAACAUCGGCCCAACAUCGUCCCCGAUCAACACGGUGAUAAUUCGAGGAUUACGGCGAUGAACGAUGAACACGAGCAGGUUGUACAGGUGAAGGCCAAGAUUUGGUACUUUAAACCGUCGGAUUUCUGGAAAGUGAUGACAGGCUUGUAUUACACCGAGAACUCGUGAACUAUUGACUCGUGAAGUGAGAAUAGAAGAGUAUAAAGUGAAAUAAAACGACGUAAAAAAAAAAAAAAAGUGAAAUAUAACUAGGGUGAAAACGUUGAAAAUGUUGAUGAAAAUGUUUUUCGCCGGAGUACUGCCGAGUAUAAUGCUAAUGUAUAAGACUCUAAUGAGAAUGAUAGAUGUACAGUCGAUAUAUCGUAAGAAAAUUAAGUAAUUGUUUAAGAAUUUAACGAUUCCGAAGGAUUGCUGUCGUAUGUAUGUAGAGUAUCGAUCUACCCCGAUAUUCGUUGAUCCGUUGAUCAUUGGAUCUGUUAUUCGUAUAUUCUUUAUUCACAUAUCAAGAUGCUUAACUUUCUUGUUCGAGGACAUAUAGACAAUGGUAAUUGCGUUAAUUGCUUCGAGAUUAACAUAAGUUAAGAUACGAAUAUUGUAACGAUUAAUUACGUUCGUACGUUGCUCGAUUUCAUCAUCGGCCACGAAAAUGGAAUUUUCGUUUCAAAACGCCUCUUAACAUAUCCUUUAUUUAUAUUAUUUAAACGUUCGUUCAACAACCGCUAAUGAUAUUCAUUAAUGUUAGCUCAUCAAGUAAAGCUAACCUUCUCGAUCUUGUAUUGUUUGAUCAAAAUUUGCAUUCGGAAUAUUAACGAGCUUCUUCUUAAUUUAACGAAUCCACGAAUUAAUUAUCAUCAAACGGAACAGUCGAAUUCGAUUCGAGGGGAUUUUCAAACGAGUCGUCAAAUUCGAAGUGAAAAAAAUGAACAGAAUAACAAAAAAUCUAAUUCAAACGAAUCGUAGAACAGAAGAGAAGAAAGAAUUUCUGCAAAUUUUACACGCUGGACGUGAGUAAUUAAAAUUUUUAAACGUAAGAAGUCAAAAAA